AUGAAGUCUAGGAUUAAUUGCAUAAUUUGUAUUUAUGUAUAUCUGUAUGCUAUUUAUUGUGUAAACAUUUGCGCUUACUGCCUUCACAAUACGUAUUAUAAUCAUACUAUAAUUGUAUUCACUGUUACAGUACAGUAUUUAUCUGCGAUCGUUCCCUACCAACAGAUUUUUUUGCAGGUACUUCGCGCCUUUUUUUGUGGGGAAUCAAUCGGAUUGGGAGAUAUUUCACCAGCAUAUUUGGCAGUCCUCAAGGAGAAAAAUGACAAAUAAAUCUGUGGCAGUAAAUUUCGGGUUGUUUUUCCUGGUUUCUGUGCUCAUUUUAAAAUUGUCGGACGCAUGGCCAACCCAAUCUGAGGCCAGCUUUUCCCGAACGCUGGCCACAUUGGAUGGUAUAACGGUGCUGCUCGAGAAGUGCUGGAACUAUACCGCCUUCAACCUGAUCCUGGGAGCAGAAGAAAAAUACAGGAUGAAAAAUCCUGUCUGGCUGCCCGAUCUCUCUCCUCCCCCUCCCGACCCCAAAGGUCACGUGCACCGCCCAUACCUGGACCAGACGAUCAGCCUGGAUUGCGUGGCCGGUCCUAGUGGGCUAGAUGUUGUGUGGAAACACAAAGGACACCUAUUAGGCGACAAUCAAAGCGUGGGCGCCAUUCGCUUCAGCCGCACCGGCGCUCCCGCCCUUAUCCUGCACAACGUCACAUACGCGGCGUGGGGCAAGUUCGAGUGUCUGCAGCGCUGUCAGCCGUACGGAAUGGACGACUGGUGCCUGCAGACGGAGCACUGGGUCUUUCCCAAUGCAAUUCCCUAUGUCCACGAGGUGUACGCGCAGCUUAUGCCGCCGGUCACUGUACCGCGCUAUAUGCCCUUCUCGGUGACCUGCAGCCUGGAUUUUCCUUGCGGCCCGGAUCCGAACCAGCACUUUAUUUGGCGCUACCAUGGAACGUACCUGGCUUGGCCACCAGGCCAUUACCUGCAGCAGACGGCCUGCAUUUUUCCUGACCGACAGACGCUGAUGAUCCACACCAACGCCUCUGAGAUAACCGGCGCCGACGGUCGCCAGCACUGCGCCUCAACGCUGACCUUGCACGUACCAUGGCCGGAUCACACCGGCUCCAAGCUGGAGUGUUGGGCGCGUUCCGACACCACCCAGCAGGAAUGGUUCAUCCUCACAACUGAUCCCGUCCGGCUCAAUGGAAGUCUCCCCUUCCCCACAUAACCGCUGGCAUCAGCUGGUACUAGCGAAACGUACGUGACAGCGCAGUAGAGCUGCUGACUUAUAAUAUACGAGAUCCGCCCCGGCACAGAUGCUUUACGAACACUGAAAAUCGAUUUCUUGCUGAU